AUGGAAGGUACAAUUCCUAUUUUCCAUUGUUUAGCUAAAAUUUUGAUAGACCCCGGUGCAACCCAUUCUUUUGUUAGCCCCGCAUUUAUGUUUGGAAUUGAUGUGAAAGCUGAAAGGCUACCAUAUGACCUAGAAAUGAAGACACCUACAGGUGGUCGAGUUUUGCAUACCGGUGAGGCAACUUUAAAGCUAGACGUGAGGGGUAUUCUAGCCUCAUUUGCCCUUAUUUCGGGAAUUAGAGUUAGGAAAUUAUUAAGUAAUGGAGCACGAGGGUAUCUAGCCUUUCUAGUUAACACUCCAGGGGAAAAGGGUAAACUAGAAGAGAUGCCAGUGAUAAAUGAGUAUCCAGAUGUAUUCCCAGAUGAGUUGGUGUCCUUGCCACCCGAAAGAAAGAUUGAGUUUAACAUUGAUUUAGCACCUGGAACUAAUCCCAUUUAA